GAGACGGACUCCGGGCUGCAUUCUGAGUGCGGGACUGUAAACCACGUCUAAUGGAAGUACGGAGACAUAGUGGGCCACAACUGACAAACAACAGCAGCAGCAUGUGCGAGUCGACGCAGAGGUCCUGCGAACCUCGCCGAAAGAGAAUGGAUGGUGCGCCCUCAGAGAUGGCAAGGAUAAUCACUGAUCCUGUCACGGGGAAGUGUUACUGCCGUGGAAAAGUUUUGGGAAAGGGAGGGUUUGCAAAAUGCUAUGAGAUGACCGACCUCUCUACCAGCAAAGUUUACGCAGCCAAAAUCAUCCCUCAUGCGCGCGUCUCCAAACCUCACCAACGGGAGAAGAUUGACAGAGAAAUUGAGCUGCACAGAGUGCUGCACCAUAAACACAUUGUGCACUUCUAUCACCAUUUUGAGGACAAAGAGAACAUCUACAUUCUGCUGGAGUACUGCAGUAGAAAAUCCUUAGCCCAUAUUCUGAAGGCUCGCAAAGUGCUUACAGAACCAGAGGUGCGCUAUUAUCUAAGACAGAUUGUCUCUGGACUGAGAUACCUGCAUGAACAAGAGAUCCUUCACAGAGACCUGAAACUUGGUAACUUCUUUGUGAGUGAGACGAUGGAGCUGAAGGUCGGGGACUUUGGUCUGGCUGCCAAGUUGGAGCCAGCAGGAAACAGGAGGAAGACGAUCUGUGGAACUCCCAACUACUUGUCCCCCGAGGUGCUCAACAAGCAGGGCCAUGGCUGUGAAUCAGACAUCUGGGCUCUAGGCUGUGUAAUGUACACCAUGCUGUUGGGUAGGCCGCCAUUUGAAACCACCAACCUGAAGGAGACAUACAGGUGUAUCAGAGAGGCGCGUUAUUCGCUGCCCUCCUCCCUGUCGCCACAGGCUAAGCAGCUAAUCGCCAGCCUGCUAGCCAAGAUCCCAGAGGACAGACCCAAUCUGGACCACAUUUUGAGGCACGACUUCUUCACACAGGGCUUCAGUCCAGAGCGUCUGCCUGCUAGCUGUUGCCAUUCUGCACCAGAUUUCCACGUCUCUAGUCCCGCCAAGAGCUUCUUCAAGAAGGCUGCAGCUGCACUCUUUGGUGGGAGGAGAGAAAAGGUCAAAUACUACGAGACUCUGAAUAAGUUAACCAAAGAGGAAGAGGAGAUCUAUAAACUGCAGCAUGACCUUGAGAGAACUGUCAUCAACCAACAACAGAGCAAAAAGAUUUCCGAGAAUGGAAGUCUACUUCCGCCGUCUGCCGAGAGCCCCGUUGCCCCGGCAACAGAGAGCCAGUCCCCGACGACGCGAGAUACCAUCCGUCUGAUCGUCAGGGGGAGUCUGGGGAGCUGCAGCAGCAGCAGUGAAUGCCUAGAGGACAGCACAACUGGGAGCGUGGCUGAGACUGUUGCAAGUGUGUUGAGAGGAUGUCUGGAGAGUAUGCCUAAAGCGGACAACAUUCCUCAGGGCUCAAACAGCUGCAAUCUUCAAUGGGUGACUAAAUGGGUGGACUACUCCAACAAGUACGGCUUUGGCUACCAAUUGUCUGAUCACACCGUGGGAGUUCUCUUCAACAACGGCACUCACAUGAGCCUCCUGCCAGACAGAAAGACCAUCCAUUACUAUGCAGAGUUGGGCCAGCGCUCUGUCUUCCCCACUUGUGAGGUUCCUGAACACUUUGUGGGCCAGGUGACAGUCCUGAAGUACUUUUCUCACUACAUGGAGGAGAACCUAAUGGAUGGCGGGGACCUGGGUAGUAUGACAGAUGCACACAUGCCCAGACUCUACCUUCUGCAGUGGCUGAAGUCCGACCGCGCCCUCAUGAUGCUCUUUAAUGAUGGCACAUUCCAGAUCAACUUUUACCACGACCACACCAAGAUCAUUCUGUGUUGCCAGAGGGAUGAGUACAUGCUGACGUACAUCAACGAGGACCGUGUCUCCAAAACCUUUGAACUCAGCUCCUUGCUGACGUCCGGCUGCCCCACCGACCUGCGCGAACGCAUGGUGUACUCCCUCAACAUGCUCCUGCAGAGAUGCAGCUAAAUCGACACUAACCAAUGUUGUGGACAGAGUCAAACAGAGAAAUCUACCCAUUGUGCUACUGCAGUGCUGCAGUGGAGCCACGAUUCAAAAGGAUCUGUGCGAAAAGGACGGGUUUGAGGUCGGACCUGUGAAAAGUAAAUUAACAUUCCUACACUGUCGCACCUUCGUGACUCAGCAGAGGUGCUGUUGAAAAAAAAAUAAUACAGACGGACUCUGUGGAUGGGGGAAUGAAAUGUAGCACAAUGACAGUGGAUGGCAAAGGGCUGAUGUGUAUGUUGAUUGUUGGAGGAGAGGAAAGACUGAGCUUGUUGGAACGAGUAUGUUGGUACGAAUGUUAAUCCCAGAUGUUUGGGAGGAGAAAAAAGAGGGGUGUUCGGGAAGUAAAGACAAACGCUGGGCUGGCACCAGCUUAAAUGUGUAUAGUAUAGCUGAUGCUGUUUUCUAGAGACAAUCCAUAAACUGAUGCUCUGAAAGCAACAAGAGCUACUGACUGUAGAGUUUUGUAAAUAAUGUACAGUGUAUGUCGCAGCCAACUCAGCAGUGCAGAGAAAUGUAUUGCUCGUGUGUGGAUGUUACCGGGUUUGGCUGUUAUAUGUGCGAAUGUGUGUGUGUGUGUGUGUGUAUGAAUGAGGGAUGUAACAUCACACUAACUUUCAAAACUGUGAUUUGUUCUCUUUACUGACACAUGGACUCAGCACAUAAGCUGAGAACCAGAGGGGUGAUGUGAGGGGAGGGAGAGGCAUAAGGAGAGAAUAACAUUUGAAAAAAAUAAA